AUGGAUACACCAUUAAUAUUCUCAACAAGAGAUGUCAACCAAGAAGUUGAGAUGCACAACGAUCCACUUGUGAUCACUCUUUCUAUACACGGAUGGAACGUCACGAAGGUCCUCAUUGAUGGGGGUAGCUCAUUGAAUGUAUUAUUCUAUGAACCUUACCUACGUAUGGUUUUGACAGUUGAGCAAAUGGAUUCAUCCACUUGCACAAUAUACGGUUCCAAUGGAGCAGUCUCUAUACCAAAAAGAGAAAUUGUCUUACAGGUGCGCGCCGGACCCUUAGUAACCAGUACAAGGUUCUGCGUUGUGGAAGCACCUUCACCAUACAACGUAAUCAUGGGAAGGCUAUGGGUCCAUCGUCUACGAGGAACAACUUCAACAUAUCACCAGUACCUUCGAUUCCCUACACCUAUGGGUGAGAUGGACAUCAAAGGUGACCAGCAAGACGCAAGGAUAUGCAAUCUAGCAUAG